UUAACAACCAAUCCCAUCGCACAGUGCUGCGUGUAAACAUGGCGGCGAAAGAGGAAGAAAUCUGCUUCAAAAAGGAAACUGUGAGCAAACUCCUGUCCAGUUCCUUUAAAGAGGACAAAACCAAAUUAAGUGGUGAUGCUACACAGCUCAUGCGAGAAAUGCUGAGAGUAUUUGUGCAAGAGGCUGCUUUGAGGUCGCUGAAACAAGCUGAAUCUGAGGAUUGCAACCAAGUAGAGAUUGAGCAUUUUGAAAAGAUCCUGCCACAGCUGCUUCUGGAUUUCUAGAGGAACCACAAGAUGGAGCCAGAGUGCUGCUAACAUGUUUUCACAAGUUUUGUUUUUGAGGUUUUAUUUUUCUUCAGUAUAAAUAUAAUUUCCUAAUUGAACCUGAGACUACAUCAA